GCUCUCGACGGGGUCCUGAGGACAGAAACAAGAUGGCAGCCCCUGUGGUGGGAAAACUCGGGGUGCUUGGACAGCGGCUCUGUGGCCCGUGGAAAGUCUGGUUGCCCGGGCUGACUCAAGUCAGGUGGUCCCGAUACAAUCCCAGUGUCCUUGAGCCAGAAGUGGACAAAGAAGUGUAUCGCAAAUAUCCACUACAAAUGUCAGAGGAAGAAAAAGCUCAAUGGGAUCUCAAAACAGUCCAACCUAUAAAAGCCACCCCUUCCAGUAUCAGCAGCUCUGUGUUCUAUGAUCCAUUGAUCAGGAAAUUCACUAGCAUGAUGAUGAUGGGAGGGGAUAAAAUUUUGGCCCGAAGCAUUAUGAACCAGACUUUAGAAAACAUUAAGAGGAAGCAGCUCGAGAAAUACCAUAAAGCUGAUGAGAAGGAGAAGGAAAACAUUGAGUGCAACCCCUACACAAUCUUCCACCAGGCAUUGAAAAACUGUGAACCUGUCAUUGGGCUUAUUGGUGUCCAGAAGGGAGGUAAAACCUACCAGGUCCCGACCCCUUUGCCAGACAGGCGGCGGCGCUUCCUAGCCAUGAAGUGGAUGAUCACUGAAUGCAGGGAAAACAAGCAGAGGAGAACACUUAUGCACCACAGGCUUUCCCAACAGAUGCUCCAGGCCUUCAACAAUGAAGGCCCCAUAAUAAAGAAAAAGCACGAAAUGCACAAGAUGGCUGAGGCUAAUCGGGCCUUUGCUCACUUUCGGUGGUGGUAGAGAACACACCGUUCUGCAAAUGAAGCAUUUGAUGACUGAGACUUUGCUAUGAGGCAGGGAUAUAUAUAUAUAUAUUUUAAAAAAAUGUCCUGUAUGCUUUUCUUUGCAUUUCAUGAGCCUUGGAGAGCUAAGGACAGCUUCUCAGCCGGCUCUUUUGAAAGAGUAUACCCUAAACAAAACCUUAACUACAAUAAAAUGUCCCCAUUGUAUGUCUGGUUACUCUCCUAGGUGACCUCCUCAGUACAGACCUGUCUUCUUUAUACGCAUCUCGCUUGUUGUAUGUAACAUUCCAGCCAGAGGGUUUGGUUGUGAUGCAGGGAGCAGUAAAAGAAACAGCUUAGGAUUUUGUACUUCUGCAGCGUCUUCUGGCAACAUCCUGGGUUGAGGUAGACCUGGACUGAAAAUUAAGGUUAAUAAAGAUGGAAACCACA